CUGGAUACGCCAAUUGAACGGAUUGAAAUCCGGUUGAUGGAUGAGAAUACAACGCAACCAGUCGUGAUAGAUAUUCAAAAAGCAGUGCAGACCACUCCGGCAUCCAGUGCCGAAGCAAGUGCAAAUUCGGUUAUUGAGAUGGGCAGUCUGAAGGACGGUAGUGGCGACAAGAAACGAAAACUGGAAGAGCCAAAGCUACCGUCGCUGGGUGGCUUUGAACUAAAGGUGGAGCGCAAAAUAGAACAGCACAUAGUGCCACGCUCAGAUCGACGCUGGGAUAAUCACGACCGAAUCCCGAAUUCGCAACCAGAAUAUGUCGACGAUUUGCCACCCAUUGAUAUUGAUGAUGAGGAUGAGGCACCGUUCGAAGUGCUACCAGUGGAAAGGUGCUAUCUGAAUCGAGACAAGCUGACACCAGAUAUUUUGAACGAUAUGGACAAAGACAAACGAAAUCUAUCAAGAAUUCUACGGCAGUACAACACACAGCUCCGAGCUUAUUGUAGUCCGGAGCAUGAAGCACGAGAUGAAUCGUUCAGGAACUGCCCGCUGUGGCGCGAGGAAAAAAUGAUACAUUACUACAAGUGGAUGCGACUGUUGUAUUGUUCCGAUUAUAAUCUCUGGCCAAAUGCACCAAAAAUUAAGCGCUCCUUCGGAGCCAAUUUACCGCUUUUCGAAAAACUUUAUGCGUUCAUGCCAAAGUGA